UACGACUACUACCUCUAUGUCUCUCAAAAUAACUCCUCUUGACACAUUGAUAUCAGAUGAGGUCCCCGGAAAUGAAUGGGUUAAUGUCUUGGAAGACAAUUGUAUACAGACAGCAGCAACUAAACUAGUGGUACGAUGACAGAGUGAACUACUGGUCUGGUGACGGAGUGAACUACUGGUCUGGUGACAGAAUGAUCUACUGGCUUGGGGAAAGAGUGAACUUCUGAUCUGGUGACAUGGUGAGCUACUGGUCUGGUGAAAGAGUGAACUAAUAGUCCCGCGACAGAGAGAACUAUUGUUCUGUUGUGACAGAGAUAUCUUUGGUGUCCAAUACAAAGCCAGUGGGGUAUCCUCAGAGCCAAUCAGGUCCACUUGGGAGUUAUCGAUAGGAGGAGGAGGAGGAGCAUAUAGGGACAGGAUCUGAGAUCCUUCUUUUUCCACAGCUAUAUAUCCUCCGGCACUCCCACUACACACACAGCAACCAUUACUACUACUGGCAUUGGGAUAUGUACAUAUCCAAUGCCAAAUAGCUUUAGAUCUGGUUUGGACAUGGCCUCAAGUUAGACCUGAAGAAAGAAGACCAUGAACACAGCAGGGAUGUUCCGCCGGAGGAAGAAGAAGCGGGGGCUGGAGAUCUCGGCGCCGCGGGACUUCCAGCACCGCGUGCACACGUCGUACGACGCGGCGCGGGGCUGCUACGUGGGCCUGCCCCCCCAGUGGCAGAGCCUCAUCGAGAACCUGCGCAGACCCCUGCCUCUGGUGGACCCCUCCACCGUCACCCAGGUGGAGCUGGUGCCCAGGAAGACCAUAGUGCGGGGCAGCUUCAUCGGACACGAGGACUACAUCACCCAUGUGAUCGCCGAGAUGACCAAGCUGUCCGUCACCAGCUCCAACUCGCUGCGCCGGACCAGCCUGUUGGCACGGAAACGGGCCCAGUCGAUGGGCCGGCUGGGAGAGCUGGAGGAGGGGGACACCUACCAGUACCUGGAGCUCACCCAGGGGCCCAACCCGGCCGGUGCCACCUACUGGCAGGACCGCAUACGGCAGGUCCGCAGCGAGAGCGGCAGCCCCGAGCUGCGGGCCAAGACCGGCGUCUCUCUGCCCGCCAACGGCGUGCUGCCCCGGGCCAAGUCCUCCUACGAGAUCGACUUCCACCCAACGCCGGCCCCCAGCGAACGCCCGGCCCCCGCCGCCGCCGGGAUCAGAAGGACAGGCAGCCUCAUGUGCAACCACGCCCGCAACGAGAGUGCCGGACCCCCCGUCGGCCCCGACCCCAGCCCUGGGAACAAGAGGCCGGCGUCCGCCCACUACGGCGCGCAUACGCCAGAGACGGGUGCCAGGUUGAGCAGGAGGGUGAAGCCAGCGGGGAACCACCUCCCAGACCUGCUGUCCAGCGCCAAGGGCGGACCCCGCAGACCCCACUCCUCCUACGACCUCAACCCGGGCUCAGCGAGCUCGUCUCCACUCCCUCCGCCUAACGGCAACAGCAGCCCGAUCACCGGCCGCCUCGUGGCCCCCCACCCGCUGACCCCGCCCCCGAGAUACCCCACCAGGUCUACUGCAGGAGGCCUCGCCCCCAAGCCGAGCCCCGCCCCCUCCUCCCAGCCCCCGCCCGGGCCCAGCCCCGGGUCCACCAGGGUGACCCACCAGCAGUUCAAGGCGGCGCUCCAGAUGGUGGUGGGCCCCGGGGACCCCCGCACCUCGCUGGAGAACUUCGUGAGGAUCGGCGAGGGUUCGACGGGCGUGGUCUGCAUCGCACGCGAGCGCCACAGCGGGCGACAGGUGGCCGUGAAGAUGAUGGACCUGAGGAAGCAGCAGCGCAGGGAGCUGCUCUUUAAUGAGGUGGCGAUCAUGAGGGACUACCGGCACCAGAACGUGGUCCAGAUGUACCGGUCGGCCCUGGUGGAGGAGGAGCUCUGGGUCAUCAUGGAGUACCUUCAGGGCGGCGCCCUCACCAACGUGGUUAACGAGACCAGGCUGAAUGAAGAGCAGAUAGCUACGGUGUGUGAGGCGGUCCUGCAGGCCUUGUCUUACCUCCACUCUGAGGGAGUUAUCCACCGCGACAUCAAGAGCGACUCCAUACUGCUAGCCUUGGACGGCAGGGUGAAGCUGUCAGACUUUGGCUUCUGCGCUCAGAUCAGCAAAGACAUAGCCAGGAGGAAGUCUCUUGUGGGGACGCCUUAUUGGAUGGCCCCAGAGGUGAUCUCCAAGACCCCCUACGGACCAGAGGUGGAUGUGUGGUCUCUAGGCAUCAUGGUGGUGGAGAUGGUGGACGGUGAACCUCCGUAUUUCAGCGACACGCCAGUGGUGGCGAUGAAGAAAAUCAGAGAUGACCCCGCCCCCACCGUCAGGAACCCCCACAAGAUGUCUCCAGCUCUGAAGGACUUCCUGGGCUGCAUGCUGACCCGGAACACCGUCCAGAGGGCCACCUCCGCCCAGCUCCUCACCCACCCCUUCCUGCUCCAGGCCAGCUCCCCGCGCUGCCUGGUGCCCCUGGUGGAGCAGUACCGCAAGCGCAUGUCCCUCUGCUGAGCUAGCAGCAGAGGAGAUGACCACACGUCAGCCAGAUACACGCUCAGCGGGAAUAAUCCACCGGAUGAAGACCCAGAAUAAUCUCGCUCCUCAGACCAGAGUUAUGGAUCCUGGAAAUGAUCAUCGGACUAUGUCUAGCUCGCUGUCGAGUAAAAACAGAACUAGUUACCGAUAGUGACGGGUGGACGUGACGUAAUCUGGGGAGGAGAAGUGUCUACAGAGUCUGUUGACUGGACUGCUGGUUCUACUGGUGCAUCUGAAUUUGUUGACUGGCCUGACCUUAACCUCCAUCUCACACCCCGAUGUUACUCUGCAUCUGAUGGACCUCUUAUGACAUGGAUGAUGAAGAUCGCAUUAUUGAUUGCUACCCUCGGCUGAGUAACCUCAGUUCUUGUGCCAGCCCAAUAUUCUCCUUUUAUUUAAAUUCUCACUGCAGCCUUUAGCCAUGUUCACACCAAAAGCAAUGGGAAUUUUCACUUUGCUUUACUUGUGCGAGUGAACCGCAAGCGUUAUCUUGUGUGAGGAACGUAAACGUCAACGUUUCUUUCCUCAAGCCAAGGCCAAGAUAACCACCAUUGUUGAAGUCCCGGAGAUGUGGGAGAACCCAACGUCUGGGUUCAUAGCACCGUCUGGAGAGCACACAGCUCGGUGUAUUUCAGGAUCUGCAUCGGGAUGACUGGACUUCAGCCUCACUACGUGAGGCUUUCACGACAAAGCUUCACGCAAAUUAGGAUCAUUGGAAUUUCAGUUCCUUUGCAUUGUUUGCGCAGCCUGCCGACCGACCAAAAGUCCUUUACACCAGACGCUUAGCCAAUAAAAGAUGUGAAAACUGUGCAUUAGCCACAACGUGAAUAAGCGGCCAAUUUAAAUAACAAACAUCCGGCGAAAAUGACAGAUUGAAUAUACAAAGUAUCAAAUGCUCCAUCUUUUCACCAAACUAUGCAAUGUAUUCAGAGGAUUGAAUCAUACUGGAGUUUCACUUUUUAAUCCAAGUGCAAAACAGUGUCACGAAUGGCAAGGUGUUCUAAAUGUGGAAGAAAAACGGGUUUAGAAUGAGAACGAGUUAACAAAAUUUUUAACAGAAUUUAGAACAGGUUUUAAGUGAUGUUCCUUAGAACUCAUUUAUAAAAAUGCUUACUUACUACUGAAAUGGCAAAAAUAUUUAACUUUUCAGUGUUGUAUUUACAUUCCAUAAAUUGUCAGUAUUUUCCGUGUCUAAUUGUUCAGAACAGAAAGGAAAUAUCUGGUGUUCUCAUGGUUAUACUGGGUCUGCUGUAAAAAUAAUUUACUAACAUUUUUAUUUAAUACUGUGUUUGCGAGAUGUAUGAAUGAUGUGGACAUACAGUCAUGAAAUAAUCUGAGCUGGCUACAUUAUUGCAGUCGAAGCCAGCUCUUGAAUGGGUAGUUUGGCUGAUGGUAAAUUAUUUAGGUAUAUAAAUAUAUCUAAAAAUAUCUAUGCAUGGACCUUGGCUGUCACAUGGUCCCUCUGAACCCUCUCAGGUCCAGAUGCAUUCUGCCUGCAUUGUAUUUACUAUGUGUUUGUUCCAAGAAAGCUUGGUUUGUAAGAUCAGCUGGCCUGACAAGAUUAUAGUUCAAUAACAUUUUAUGCUUUAUUUUUUUUUCGGUAGCAUGGGUGAGAGAUUAGUGAUGCGUACAACACUGUGUACCUUAUUGUGCCAACUGUACAUAACUACUAUUCCAAUGGGGCAAUUUAAAUAUAUCCUAAAUUCUAAGCUAAGGUUAAUUAAAACAUUUGAGCGUAGCAGUUUCUACAAAAGUAAAUAAUUAUCAUAGAUUGCAAGUAAAAUAGUGAGUCUGCAGUGUUUUUUACCGUACUGCAAAAUAACUGCUUCGGUGUCCACAUCUGUGGUUUUUUGGCUUUCCCGAGUGGCAAACAUGCGCCAUUUCCUGGUUGUACCAUUAAAAUAGUGAACUGAUCGAUUACCUCUUUAAAGUUGAUGACGAACCAAAGUGAUAUGGCUUAGCAGUAAUUACUGAGAGAAGAAUCUUCUAUGGGGAUUUAACAUGGAGAAUAAUCUCUGUGGACCCUUACUGCACAUGUCUAUAGCAAAACGUGUCUUUUUAUUCUAUGUUCUAUUUUAACAAGAAAAGUCAAUGAAUUCCUGACUAAGUAUAUAUUUGUAUUAACAGAUACUGUGACUUGGCAUACAUCGUCUGAAAUAGUUUGUAAGGCUUAUAUGUAAAUACUAAAUAAAGCUCUCUCCUGUAUCUCUC